ACCACCGGGCCAAUACGUGUAUUCAUUCCCCCAAAUCCAAUUAAAACAGAUAAUCGAAGCUGCAACGGUGAAACAGACAAACACAGAAAUGGAGAAGGCAAAGGAGAUCCUUCAACGGAAGCUGAGUCAACAAGAAUCGGAAGCCAUGUCACGACUUAACUCUUUUCCUUCCAUCAGACCCGGCGAUAACUCCAGCUUCUAUGAACACUUCGCUCUUACUGGCAUCAAAGUUGAACAAGUCCAACCCGGUUUUGUUUCUUGUUCUUUCAUAGUUCCUCCUCGCCUCAUCGACAGCACUGGAAAGUUGGCUAAUGGUGCAAUUGCAACUCUUGUGGAUGAGGUUGGAGGUGCUUUAGUCCACGAAGAGGGUCUUCCAAUGAAUGUUUCAGUUGACAUGUCUAUUUCUUUUAUUUCAACUGCUCAUGUUAAUGAUGAACUAGAAAUCACUUCUAGGCUUUUAGGAAGGAAAGGAGGCUAUUCAGGAACAAUUGUUCUCCUAAAAAAUAAAGCUACUGGAGAAUUGAUAGCAGAAGGUCGGCAUUCAUUAUUUGGUAGACAUAACAGCAAAAUGUAAUUCUUAUAUUGUACAUGUACAUAAUUCCCCUUUGGAUGGUGUGGAUUUAGUGUAUAUAUUUGGAUUAUUUUUGUGAAAGAUGAUUCUAAAAGUAUCAAUUUGAAUUUGACAUAUAUUGUUUUCAAAA